AUCCAUUGUGGAAGGAUCAAGCCCCACACUUUGUUUCGUUUCCACCCAAACCCUCCUUCCCUAUUUCCCUCCCUUUAUCUUUGCCUUGCCCUCUCCUUUUUCUCUUUCCCUUAAAAUAUAGAAAAGCUGGAUAUCAUCACAAAAAGCUCAGAGAAUUGAAGAAGCUACCAGAGCGCUCUACCAGAUUGAUAAUAAUGCAGGCUGCUGCUACAGGUCCGCUAGUCUCGCUCUCUCCCAGCUUCAGCACCUACUCUUCCUCCGACAGACUCGCCCAGAUCGCCGCCCGAGUCGUCGACGAGUUCACCCACCAAGAUCGCCAACUCACCGAGGAGCCGUACUGGGAAAGUAUAUACGAUCACCUGGAAGAAGAAAAGCUCCAACACCGCCGACAGCCCAAAAACGAUGACGUACAGAAGGACAAGGAGGAGGAGGAAGAGGAGGAGUUUGAGUUUGCUUUUGUCAGCAGCGGAGGAGAGUCGCACACGUCGCCCAUCUCCGCCGACGAGAUUUUCUCCAACGGUCAAAUCAAACCUACCGUCUACCCUCUCUUCAACCAAGACUUAUUAUUAGCUCACAACGACGUCGUAUCCUCUACAAAUGCAAACGACGAUGCGGAUGACGCCGUUAAGAAGCCGAAACCGCGCCGUUUGCCGCUCAGAAUGCUCAUGAUCGAAGAGGAGCGCGAAACAGCGUCGUGCUCGUCCUCCGAGGCCGACGACCUCGAGAACCUGCCACCUGGCACGUACUGCGUGUGGGCCCCUCCGAAAUCAUGUCCUGGACAGCGCCGCUGCAAUAAGAGCAGCUCCGCCGGCUCGUCGUCGAAGCGGUGGAAGUUUCGGAACCUUCUUCACCGAAGCAGCAGCGACGACUUCGUCUUUUUGGCUCCCUCGUCGACCAAGAGAGCUAACAACAAGAAGGGAGAUGACGUCACGCGGAAAAGAGUCGACAACAGCUGCGGCGUCGUGUCGGAGAAUGGAGAGCGUUAUGUCGUGAGGAGCAAGGCCGAGGAGGCAGGGGAUAAACGACGGUCGUUCCUGCCAUACAAGCAGGACUUUGUGGGGUUUUUCUCUAAUGUGAAUGGGAUUAGCAGGAAUUUGCAUCCAUUUUGAGCGAUCAAGUAAUUGAAAAUUUAUCAAUUUAUCCUAAGUUUUGAAUUUUUUUGUUUUAGUAUUUUCUCAUUUUCUAUUAGUAAUUUUUAUUAGUUUUUUCGGAAGAAAUUUACGAUUAGUUAAUACUUUGAGUUAACUAAUUUGAUUUCUUCGUUUUGUGUAAUUAAUGAAAUAUAUUAUGUAUUAUGGUUUAAUAUUAUAUUCUGGUGCUGAUA